AUGUCGGUCACGCUCGCAUCCAAUGGCGCACCUUCAGGCGCUUCGAUCACAAACCAUAUCCUGACCAUCCCACACGCCCAAUUCACGCACUUUCUCACACAAGUCAUCCAUCUGCGCUCGGCAUCGUCGAGCAGCCUGUUUGUGCACUGCACCUCGGUGUCGCCACUGCACGCACGUACGCUACUCGCAGGCCACGCGCAAGAGUCUGCAGUGUCAGGAGUGCUUGGUGCCGACUUUGCGCUGGCCAUGGUCCCGCCCAACGCACAGCCACUCGCAACCUCGGUCUCGUCCAGUCUACCAGCGGCCAGCGCAGGCAUGAGUGCAGCUUGGUCCAAACGCAUCGCUCGUAGGCUGGAGAUCCCGCAACUGCUGCUGUCGUUAGAUCUACCGCAGCAGCUGCUUGCCACCACAGGCCAGGUCCAGGCUCCACAGGACUCGCAUGCCCUGCUGGCUCUCGAACGCGCCCUGCGAGAUGCUUGCGCUUCCGCGCUCACCUCGGCGUCAUAG